GACGAUGGCGACUAGUUUCGAGUGGCCGUGGCAAUACCGCUUCCCUCCCUUCUUCACGUUACAGCCGAACGUAGACACCCGGCAGAAGCAGCUGGCGGCCUGGUGUUCUCUGGUUCUGUCCUUCUGCCGCUUGCACCGACAGUCCAGCAUGACGGUGAUGGAGGCACAAGAAAGUCCGCUUUUCAACAACAACAAGCUGCAGAGGAAACUCCCUAUGGAAUCUAUCCAGAUUGUGUUGGAGGAACUGAGGAAGAAAGGGAACCUGGAAUGGUUGGAUAAGAACAAGUCCAGCUUCUUGAUCAUGUGGCGGAGGCCAGAAGAAUGGGGGAAACUCAUCUACCAGUGGGUUUCAAAGAGUGGCCAGAACAACUCUGUAUUUACCUUUUAUGAACUAACCAAUGGAGAUGAUACCGAGGAUGAGGAAUUCCAUGGGCUGGAUGAAGCCACACUUCUUCGAGCUCUGCAGGCCCUACAGCUGGAACACAAGGCUGAGAUUAUCACUGUCAGCGAUGGCCGAGGGGUCAAAUUCUUUUAAUGGAGUACCUUCCCUUCCCCCUUCCUCAGUUCUCCAAAGGAGACAGACUCUGUCCCCACAGAUUGGAGGGUAGACCCAAUGUAACUUAAAAGAACUUUACAGCUUCCCUCCCCAGUUGUGGGCUGGGAGAACCAUAGGAGAAUUUGGAAAAGAGAAUUCUUCUGUUACCCCACUGUUCUGCUCCAUGAGUGGGUUGAGGUAAUAGCCCCAGAGAGAAAAGAUGUGCCUAAUUUCUCUUCACUCUUUCUACUUCAUUCCAGACUUCAAUGAUCCAGGGUCAGUAAACCCAUAAAAUAUAUAGUCACACAUAUCUAUAGUAGGCAGCAUCUACUGACUUCUCCCUUCAAGUUUAGUCUGGAUUCUCUAAAAGUGGGGUAGGGGUUACAUGGAGGGCCUGGCUGCAGGCAGCACACAGGGCAUCAUAGGAAUAGGAGAUUAGAGAGGGAGAACUGGCAGCUAAGUGCCAGGUAUGGCUCUGAUCUAUGUUAUUAAAGCUGGAGUGUUCAGCUCUCA